AAAAAAAGAAAAAUAAAUAAAUCAGCAACAAAAAUAAAAAAAGACACCGCGUGAUCGCGAGAGAAUUCAAUCUGACCGGAGGAGUGUCGAAGUGCAUUGUAUAUGCACUUCUCUAUGCACGCGUAACAGACGCCUAUUUGUGUAUUGUAAAAAAAAAAAGAGUCAAUAAUAUAUAUAAAAAAUAAGAAAUUAUACAAAGCGGAUAUAUUAUAUAUACGUAUAUCGUUGCGAGUAUAAAAUCGCGCGUGAUAAAUUAUAAGAGACAGAUAAUUGCACGUAGAGGGAAUUCAGUUUUGUGCGCAUAUGUGUGACUAAAUAUAUAUAAUAUAUAUUUUUCCGUCAUUACAUAUAUAAUAUAUUUUUUUUUUUUCGUAUGUGCGUGCCGUUUCAUCGUUUCGCAAAUCCUUCGAGGAUGCGCGAGAUCCAGUAGUUACACCGGCCUAAAUAUUUCGCGUAAUCGCGCGCGCGAAGCGUCGCGACUCCGUUAUAUUUUAAUCUAAGGGAAUUUCGUCCCGACACGAAACUUUUGGUGGAAACGAGAUCCACCGUCGACCUCAUCCAGACGGAAGAAAUAACCGCGGUUCGUCCGGACUCUUCAACAGAAAAUCCGCAACACUUAUUCACUGCCACCUUGCGAAUUAAUGGACAAGGAGAGGAAAUCGGUGUUAUUUCUAAUAAAAAUAAUUUAUGACGCUUCUCAUUUCCGCACGAACUUUGCCGAGAUGAUUACAUUGUGAAAAAUAUACAAUAUAAAAUCAUUAAUAAUCUUAAUUAAACGCGAAAAAGUGUUAAAAGAAAGGGUGAACGCGCCUGAUGCAAGAAUUGUGUCGCGCUACGAAAAAAACGUUUUCCUCGAACUGCGUCCUGAAAUUAUUAAAAAAAAAUCGAAUCGCGCUUAAAGGAUUAUUUGGACGAACGUCGGAUGACGUUCAGCUGCAUACGCGUGCAUAAUCGAUGCGAAGUGAUUUAGCCCCGGCGAAGGAUAUCGCGAGGCGAAAUUCGAGCUAAUCAGCUUAUCUCACGGGCUAUAACUCGCUUAUCAGGACCUUAUCGCGCGGGAUCGCGGUUCGACGUAAAUGAAACGAGCUUCGCGAGAAAUUAAUUCGCAUCCCCGGGAUCGAUGACGUCACUCGAUUUCGUCAAGCCGCUUUGACGUCGCCGAGCCGCCUUCCUGGAGAACGGAAGACCUUCCUGGGCGAAUUUAAUUAAAACGCUCGAUAAUAUACCCUUCUUCAGGAUGCACCGAUCAACAACACCGGAAAUGACGAGCAUAACGUCGACGUCGAUGAUACUUCAGUCGCAGAAUUUGUCGACGCGCAACUUCAACCACUCGGAGGACGUCAUGUCGAACAUGACGGUGCAGACGAUGUUCUGCGCGUUCUACAUCAUCAUCUUCGUGCUGGGUCUCUUCGGCAACGUCCUGGUGGUCUUCGUCGUCGGGCGGAACCGGCAGAUGCACACGGUGACGAAUCUGUUCAUCGCGAACCUCGCGCUCAGCGACGUCCUCUUGUGCGUCCUCGCGGUGCCAUUCACUCCGUUGUACACCUUCCUGAGUCGUUGGGUCUUCGGACAGACCCUCUGCCACCUGGUCCCCUACGCCCAGGGUGUCAGCGUGUACAUCAGCACGCUCACGUUGACCAGCAUAGCCGUCGAUCGCUUCCUGGUGAUCAUCUAUCCGUUCCAUCCGCGCAUGAAGAUCGAGGUCUGCCUGGCCGUCAUCGUGAGCAUCUGGAUCGUUGGGUUGCUUGUCACCUUACCGUACGGCCUGUACAUGCAGCUGGAGGAGACGUUCAGCUACUGCGAGGAACAGUGGCCCAGCGAACCGUUCCGCAAGGUCUUCAGCUUGGUCACGACGAUCGUGCAGUUCGUCGUGCCGUUGGUCAUCACCUUCUGCUACACCCUGGUGUCCAUCAAGCUGAAAAACAGGGCGCGAGCAAAACCCGGGAGUAAGACGAGCAAGCGAGAGGAGGCGGAUCGCGAGAGGAAACGACGGACCAACCGGAUGCUCAUCGCCAUGGUCGCGAUAUUCGGUAUCUCCUGGCUGCCGCUCAACAUCGUCAACGUUGUUGACGACUUCUACUCGCGCGCCAACGACUGGUCCUAUUACAAGCUCUGCUUCUUCAUGUCGCACUGCAUCGCCAUGAGCAGCACCUGUUACAAUCCGUUCCUCUACGCCUGGCUCAACGACAACUUUCGCAAGGAAUUUAAACAGGUCCUACCGUGUUUCUCGAGGAACUCCAACGACGGCACUCCGAGGAGCAGAGAAGAUUGCAAGGGCGACAAAUUAUGUAACGGUAAUAAUACCAUGCAGGAGACGCUGCUGCCGAGCAACACGACGCGAACGCCGAAUCCCGAGGGAUGCGAGAUGAUUAUUCUGGAGCAGACGACAAACAUCUCGAAAGAGCAGGAUCAGCCUUCGAGCUCCUCCAAGGACUUCGACGACGUGGCUCUGUGAAAGAAAAAAACAGAAGCUCCAGUUAUCAAACUUGGUGGAAGAUACCGUCAUGUUGCUUUCAUCAUCGCGAUUGAAUAAAUCAAAAGGAAGAGGAUGUUUGCAAGAAUCAUACGUUUAAUCAUAAAUCUUGUAUAAUAUAAAUGCGCGUAUUUGUGUAAAUUGUGAUGUAAUUAAGGAUAAUAUUGAGUAUUAAAUAAGAGCAUGCAUGUAUCAAACUAUCGAGCGAUAGGCUUUAGAGUAAAAAAUGCAAAUAUUAUAAAUGCGUCUUCAUCAAUGGCCUGUUCACGAUGUAUUUAUUUUUAAUCACAAUAAACGGCGCAUUUGUAAUAUA